AUGGCUACCCACGCCUCAUCUUUUUCCAGCCUCCGAACCUACCUCCGAGCCGUAUCUCAUACUCCUUCUCGCUUCGCUCGCCGCGGCUUCUCCGUCUCAACCUCACAUGAAGAAAUGAGCCGCGUACGAGCCAGGUCUGGCACCAGCAUGCGGAAGACUCUCCGCUGGUUUGACCUAGUCGGUUUCGGUAUCGGCGGAAUGGUCGGCGCCGGAGUGUUUGUCACCACCGGUAACGCGACGCAUAACUUCGCUGGUCCCGCUGUUGUCCUAUCUUUCGCCAUUGCCGGUUUCUGCGCUCUUUUAUCCGCCUUUUGCUACACUGAGUUCGCCGUUGAUAUGCCGGUCGCCGGUGGAGCUUUUAGCUACCUCCGUGUCACAUUCGGUGAAUUUGCGGCGUUUUUAACCGGCGCGAAUCUCGUCAUGGAUUACGUUAUGUCCAAUGCCGCCGUUGCUAGAGGAUUCACGGCGUACGUCGGAACCACAAUCGGUGUCUCAUCCGCCAAAUGGAGGAUCAUAAUUCCUUCUUUUCCAAAAGGAUUUAACGAAAUAGACAUGGUUGCUGUGGCCGUUGUUUUACUCAUCACAAUCGUUAUCUGUUACAGUACGAGGGAGAGUUCAGUGGUGAAUAUGAUAUUGACAGCUUUGCAUAUAUUGUUCAUAGCAUUUGUGAUAGUGAUAGGUUUUUGGAAAGGGAGUUGGAAGAAUUUUACGCAACCGGCUAAUCCGGAGAAUCCGUCUGGUUUUUUUCCUCACGGUGCUGCCGGUGUCUUUAACGGUGCGGCCGCAGUUUAUUUAAGCUACAUUGGUUACGACGCGGUUUCGACAAUGGCAGAAGAGGUUAAAGAGCCCGUGAAAGAUAUUCCAAUAGGUGUUUCUGGAUCUGUUAUUAUCGUGACGGUUCUUUAUUGUCUUAUGGCAGCUUCUAUGUGCAUGCUUCUUCCUUACGAUAUGAUUGAUCCCGAGGCACCAUUUUCAGCUGCUUUUAAAUCAGACGGUUGGGGAUGGGUUUCAAGAGUGAUAGGAGUGGGGGCCAGUUUUGGAAUAUUGACAUCAUUGAUAGUGGCUAUGUUGGGUCAGGCUCGUUAUAUGUGUGUAAUAGGACGUUCUAAUGUGGUCCCUGCUUGGUUUGCUAAGGUCCACCCAAAAACAUCUACUCCUGUCAACGCCUCUGCUUUUCUUGGGAUAUUCACAGCAGCCAUUGCACUUUUCACUGAUCUUGAAGUUCUUCUCAACCUCGUAUCAAUUGGAACACUCUUUGUUUUCUACAUGGUCGCAAACGCCGUUGUUUACCGACGCUAUGUCGCUGCAGGGACAACAAAUCCAUGGCCGACACUGUCUUUUCUCUUAUCAUUCUCAUUCACUUGCAUUGUGUUCACCCUUAUUUGGAAAAUCGUACCAACUGGAGUAGCAAAAGCCGCGAUGUUAAUUGCUUGCGGCGUGUUUGCUGUAGCAAUAUUACAGUUUUUCCAUUUCACAGUUCCUCAAGCUAGGAAGCCGGAGUUUUGGGGUGUACCUCUAAUGCCAUGGAUACCUGCUAUGUCAAUAUUUUUGAACUUGUUUUUGCUUGGAUCACUCGAUGGAAAAUCGUAUAUUCGGUUCGGAGUAUUUACGGCUGUUACAGUGCUGUUCUAUGUGUUAUACAGUGUUCAUGCUAGCUUUGAUGCAGAAGGUGAUGGUUCUCAAAAUGUUGAAUCAAAAGAAAGUGUGGACCAAAGUUUCAAAGUGUAG